AUGCUGCCUUCCUCCCGGACCCAGUUGGGGCUCUUCUUCAUCCUCCUCUGCCCCGCCAACAUCAUCGGGCUCUGGUGGGCAGUGGGCAGCCCCCUGGUCAUGGACCCCAACAGCAUCUGCCGCAAGACGAAGCGGCUGGCGGGGAAGCAGGCAGAACUGUGCCAGCUGGAGCCGGAGAUCGUGCAGGAGGUGGCCAAGGGCACCAAGCUGGGCAUCCGGGAGUGCCAGUACCAGUUCCGCUUUCGCCGCUGGAACUGCACCAGCCACAGCAAAUACUUCGGCAAGAUCCUGCAGCAGGAUAUCCGGGAGACAGCGUUUGUGUACGCCAUCACAGCAGCCGGGGUGAGCCACGCUAUCACGCAGGCCUGCAGCAUGGGCGAGCUGCUGCAGUGCGGCUGUGAGCUGACCCGCAGCCGGGCGCCCCCCUCGCCCACGGCUGGCCCAGGCACCGAGGGCACAGCCUGGGAGUGGGGGGGCUGCGGGGACGACGUGCAGUUUGGCUACGAGAAGUCCCAGCAGUUCAUGGAUGCCAAGAGCAAGAAAGGCAAAAAUGACAUCCGAGCCCUUAUCGACCUACACAACAAUGAAGCGGGACGCUUGGCAGUGCGCAGCUACAUGAGGACAGAGUGCAAAUGCCACGGGCUGUCGGGCUCCUGCACGCUGCGGACCUGCUGGCGGAAGAUGCCGCAUUUCCGCGAGGUGGGGGACCGCCUGCUCGAGCGCUUCAACGGCGCCUUCAAGGUGAUGGGAGGCAACGACGGGAAAACCCUCAUCCCCGUGGGCGACAACAUCAAGCCUCCUGACAAGCAGGACCUCAUCUACUCGGCUGACUCGCCCGAUUUCUGCUCGGCUAACCGUAAGACGGGCUCGCUGGGCACCCGGGGCCGCGUCUGCAACAGCACAGCCAUGGACACGAGCGGGUGCGACCUGCUGUGCUGCGGGCGAGGGCACCGGGACGAGACGGUGGUGCUGGAGGAGAACUGCCUUUGCCGCUUCCACUGGUGCUGCGUGGUGCAGUGCCGCAAGUGCUCCGUCCGUCAGGAGCUCAGCCUCUGCGUCUGA